AUGAGGCCUUCUAAGACACAGCUUCCGCCAAAAUUGAUCAAUAAGAAAGUGGAAAAUACCUAUGUUAACCCUCUUAAUAUAGUUUUUGAUUUCUAUGAUCAUUAUCAGAAAUAUACACCACAAUCUUUGAAAAUUAUUGAUUUUUUUAUUGUGUUUUUAAUAGUUUCUGGUUUUCUUCAAUUUCUUUAUUGUUUUAUUGUUGGAACAUAUCCAUUUAACUCUUUUUUAUCUGGUGUUUUUAGUGUAGUUGGACAAAUCGGCGUAGUAAGUUUAAGGUAUGAAGUGAACUAUGAAAAUACAGAAUCUUUUAAAAAAGUUCCUCUUAAGAGGGCAUUUGGAGAUUUUGUUUUUAGUAGUAUUAUUCUUCAUUUUUUUGUAAUCAAUUUUCUUGGUUGA